AUGCAUAAAGAAGAAGACGUCGUAAUCAACGCAGGGAAUACGUUCUCGCUCUCGUAAAAUUUAAUCGUUUUAAUAAAUAAGCGCUUAGAAUUUAAACGAAAAACCUGUAACGGUAGUAUGGUUUAUGUGUUAAAAUAGACCUAUGAUUUAUUAAAAACGAUCAAUUCGAGAUGAUUUUCUAAAUCAAUGCAAGUUUGUCUGUUUAUCCGUCUGUCCAUUCGGCUUUUAUUUAUAUGGAAACAAUUUUUGCUUCCUAUGUUCUUCGACUUUAGGUGAACGCGCAAUAACUCGUUAUCUUUGAUUUGCUCCAGCAAAAAAAUAAAUCGUCUUAUGCAACUCUGCGAGUCGAAACAUAUGAUCGUCAAAGUGAAAGUCAAAUGUAAACAAGAAAAUUACUGUUCGAAAAGCGUUUGUGCAAUUUUUUAAAAAAGUUAAUAAACGAACGUUUUUAAAACAAAUUGAGACCAAAUAAAAAUGAGAUACGAGAUUGUAACCGAUAGUUGUCGUGUCUGCUUAACGAAAAGCAAAAAACUGCGCUCCCUUUACAAGCCCUCGGAUGAAGAUGAGGAGGCACCGAAUGAAAUGUUAGAAAAAAUUACAGGCAUUUGCUUAGAACAGAUAGAUGAAACCCCGAUAUUGCCUAAAAAUAUUUGUAAAAAUUGUGAAUUAUCCUUAACGAUGGCAUUUCAAUUUCGUGUCAAAGCUUUAAAAACUCAAAGAAUUAUUGAAUUAUAUCUGAGUAAUUUAUCAGGCAGUAAAGAGUGCAGCGUUAAAGAAGACGAACAUAAUAUGUUAUUGAUCAAGGAGGAGUUUGACGAUUUCAUCGAAAUGCAACAACUACAAGUGGACAUUUUAGACGACAGUUUAGUUGAUAUACAAAUACUUGACAGUGAUGAUGGCAAUGAAUUAAUUGACGAAGUAAAAUCAACAGAGAGCACACAUACAGAAGAUGAAGCAGAUACCGAGGAGAAUAACGAUGAAGAAAUCUAUGAAGAGGAGACGAUUUAUGACGGCAAGGACGGUAGUCAGGAAGAUGAAGAAAUUUUAGAGUCUGAAGAUUUCGAAAUGGAAAAGGCAUCUUCAAACGAUAGAACAUUGCGAAGUACUAGUAGUAAUAACGACAAUGAUGAAAUCAUCUCUCCGGAAAAUGCAUUCAAAUCGAACACAGAUCCAGAUAUUUAUACCAUAAAAGUAUUAGGCGAAAGGGAUAAUCAAUCAAACCAAAAAACCAAAGGAAGACUGAAGAAAGAGAAUGCUGGUCAUAUAUGUGAUGUUUGUGGAAAUGUGUACGCAAAACGGGGACGCAUGAUGGAGCAUCGCCAACGUCACGACAAAGAAUUAAAAUACGCCUGCGAAUUAUGUGAUAAAAAAUUUCAUAUGCGUGAAUUACUUCGCAAACAUAUGUAUUCUCAUAGCGGAGGUAAACCUUUAAAGUGUGAUUUUUGUUCGCGGACGUUUUACUAUGAAAGUGUACGCAAAGCUCAUGAGGCAGUUCAUAAAGGCCACAAGCCAUAUGUAUGCGAUAUAUGUGGCAAGGCUUUUUGUUAUGCUCAUACGCUGAAAAAACACAAACUCAUCCAUGCCGAGAUUAAAUUGUAUCGUUGCAAUUAUUGCAAUAAGGAUUUCCGCUUACAACAUCACAUGAAACAGCAUGAACUAACAAAAAUGCAUCAGAAGGCUGUGCUUGUGGCUAAAUGCGAUCAUAACUCUUAAAAUUUGACAAAUGAAUGAUGAUAUGAAUAAUAGACCGAGCAGUUUACUAAAUAAAAUUUUGCGGACUGUUACCUUAAGAAGCAAGUUUACUU